AUGCAAGUCGAGCAAAGCCGGCUUUCGCAGGCGAUCGCCGCAAUCCAGGAAUCGACUGACAGAAUGCGUCGACUCCAAACCGAGCAAUGCGUUGACACUGUGGAUUGGAACGACGCACACAACAUCGCGCAGAUUGUUCAGGGUACAGCUUUCAUCGUUCUGGCCAUGUGGCUGAUCUUCGCCAACAAUGCGAAGGUGGCAGUUGCCUCCAAAGCGCCGCUGGAGCAGCGGCACGCGGUCUGUGCAACCCUGAGCACCGCGGUGUGCCUCUUCUCCGGCUUCUUCAACAUCCUACAGCUCACCGGCAUCGACGACUUCCAAAUUCCUGGCUACACAGGAGGCUUUGUUCUUCAGCUGGCUCGGCCUGUUGAGUGGGUCCUCACGUGCCCCAUCCUGCAGCUGAAGUUGGUCAUUCUCGCAGGUGCACGAGUGCCAUCCUACCGACGUUUCAUGAUGCCGUUGCUGUCUGCAGCUGUCCUUCUGUGUGGUGUUGCUGCCACCUUUACGGAUGGAGGACUUCGUUACAUCUGGUUCGGCUUUGGCAUGAUUCUCGUCGUUAUCAUGUUCUACUACAACGCCCAGCAAAUCUCAGAGAACAGUGAAGGAGAAGAGAGCAUCCUGCAUGGGCAGUCUGACUACCGCAAACUGACCUUGGUCCUGAUUGCCACGUGGUUUCCGUUUCCGAUCUGGUUCGCUCUCAGCCCGGAAGGCUUCAACCUAUUCGACGAGGAGUUGACCAUCGAGAUGGGAUGGGUUGUGCUGAACAUGUGUGCAAAGUUCUCGAUGAUCAUCAUCGGUCAGCGUAUGAAACUGGUCCACCAGAGGAAGCUGGAAGCAGCACGUGAGCUGUACGGCCUGUCCCCCUCGGACGAAGUACCUGAGAAUGCGCUGAACCAGAAGGCCAUCAUGGAGAGCAGCAAGGGCGGCCGCGGAAACCUGAACCCCGAGGAGUAUGGGCUCGGUCUUGGAGAAGAGGCCGAAAGCGAGGAGAAGUUGGUGGAGCUUGUGGCCGACACGAUGGUGACACUUCAGCUGGCGAACCACACCGAACGUUUGCUCAAGCUGCUGGUUGAGAGCGGCGUUACCAACACCGCUGUCUUGGAGAGGCUCAACCAGGAACGCUGCAUGGAAUUGUGCUUGCCGUGGGCGCUUGUCGAUGCUAUCCAGCGCCGCUGGAGCAACGAAAAGAUGAACAUGGGUCAGGAUCAGGGCGGCGUGGUGGAGAAAGAGGACCCAUUCAUGAAGGUUUUGGAAGCCAACAAGGAGCGCAUCACGUCGAUGAAGUCCGGAAGUCAGGUCACGGGAGUGGUGACGCCUCCUUUAGGUGGAGUGGUGGAUAUGUCUUCUUUCAACGAUCAGAUUGUGGCUGCCGUACAACGUGCAGUCCUGCCUUUGCAUGAGACGGUCAUGUCGAAGCUCCAGACGUUCGAGGAGAGUGUCAAUCAUUCUCUGGAGUCCACCCAAGAGAGCGUGGCUCAACGCAUGGAUUUCGGACAGGUGACACUUAUGCAGACGGUGAACGCUUGCCAGGUGCUGUUGCACAAGCUGGACUCUUCCCAAGAGGUCGUGCUGCAAAAGCUGGACAUGCAGAGGAAAGAUCUCGAGCAGAUGCGUACAUCAUACGAGUCGCUGCAAGGCAACAUUGCAGGUGCUCAGGACGUCACAAGAUCGGCGCUCGUGGAAACGGUCAGCACCUCUUCCAGCGCUUUGCUGCAGAAGCUGGAUUCGACACAGCAGGACCUUCUUCGGAAGACGGUCGAGUCUCAGUCCAUCUUGCAGACCGUCGCAUCCACCCAGAACACGAUGGUUACCAAGAUGGAGACUGGAAACGACACAACGGUCCGGCGCUUGAUGGAAAUCGAAACCUCGCUUGGAAAAAAGAUGACCGAGCUCGGAGACACAGUAACGUCCUCGUACACAGUGAGUUCGGAGUCGGUCAUGGCCACCCUCAAGGAUGAGCUGACUGCGUUGCAUGAUCAAAGCAGCAGUACAGUGGUGGCCACGGAACGCUCCACAGCCAUCCUGGAUGAGCGCAUGACGGACGUCCGGCGUCAGAACCUCAUGAUCAUGGAUCUUCUGACCAACGCCAACGACGGCAUCCAGACCAAUGCUGACAGCCUCCAAGCCAUCCGAGGCUUGGACACCAGCACAGCUGACCAGCUGCGUGGCAUUAUGGCAGAGGAGCUCACGAAGGCGCAAGGCAACGACGCAGGCAGUUUCCGCACAGCAGUCGAAACGAUGGUCGAACGCUUGGAGGAGAACGCUGCCCGUCUCGAGAAACAUAGCAGCGGCAGAAGCGCGGAGUCCAUCAAGAAGGAGUUGGCACAAAUCGAAGAGAGGCUGACGAACCACCAAACGCAGGUGAUUGAAGAGGUCAUGCGCGAGGUCAAGGACACACAAUUGGGCCUGCAAACACAGCUUACCGACUUCACGACCCGCUUCGAGUCGAGCGCGGUUACCAAGACGGAGAAGGCGCCCACGGGGUCCACACCCUUAACGCCACCUGAGAAGCCCUCGAGCAGUCCUUCUCAGCGACGUUCCUCUGCACGCAACGUGGAGCGUGGAUAG